AUGCCCAGAAACACCCAAGUCAUUCAACAUAUAAGACACAAAUCCUCUAAGCUGACGCUGACGUUUCUAGAUAGAGAAUGUACGUUUUUACUUAAAGGUACCUCCAACUACGUCAUGGCCAUCAAACGAGUGUCGAAGAUGAUUGAUAGAGUCAAGAAGAAGUACCCUCGAGUCAGUUACAUCAAGGUUAAAGCUAUGGGAAGAGCUAUACCGACAGCCAUGUGCAUAGCUUUACAUUUCAAAUCCGAUAGGAAGGUGGAUAUACUCACAGGAACUGUCCUGGUAGUUGAUGAACUUCACAAGUCUAAUGAUGUCAUUGUUCAAGAACGAAAACAGAGUUCCGUCGAAGUACUUAUAUAUGUAUAG